UUGGAAAACUAUCACUGAACGAGUGUCUGAAAUAAUUCCGUGGUGUUUUCUUGCACAAAAAUCAUAAUAAAUAUUUCAUAUUUAAAAAACAGCACAUUUAAAGAAAGAAAUAGAACGUAUAUUGCUAUCAGAAGAUAUGCAAUCCGACGAAGGUGCAAUUUCUUCGUCCAUAGCGUCAUUGGACUAUGUUGAUCUAUCAGAUUACUGUCGUCUAUGUCUGCAAAUACCGGAAGAGUCGCAAUUGCUAGAUUUACAACUUAUUUAUGAUGAAGAGGAACAGCUUAGUUAUUAUGACUGCUUUAUCAUAUGUACACAAAUUGAUUUGCACGCUGGUGGCAUUUAUGCACCACACCAGCUAUGCAAAUCUUGUGGUUUGGAAUUGCAGGUGGCAUAUGAUUUCCAUAAAAAAGUGCAAGAAUCCAAAAAGUUCUUAAAUCAAUUUCAAAAAUCACAUAUUACUGAUGGAGAAAUAUUGAACACAACAUUGACAAAAGAUGAUACAUCGCAGGUAACAGAUCUAGUAAUUGAAGAAGUGGUUCACAAAACAAGUGACGAGACACAACUGCCAGUCCCAAUACAAUUAGAAAAUGAGUCAACAGAAAAUGAAGUUGUCACUACGGAAGAGGAAAAUGUAGAACAGUUGGAUGCGAAUAUAGAAUAUGAAGAGCUGGAAGAGCACAUAGAAAUGGAAGAGUAUCCAACGGUUGAGGAAUUGAUUGAUGAUGAUGCGGGAACAGUACAAAUAAGAAUCAAUGACGAAGAGUAUUUGAUACAAGAACUGAAUGAUAGUAAUACUGAAACAUUAGUCAAGCCACUGCAUGAAACCCAAGAUUUACCUAAAACAAGCCGCAACAAAUCAAGAAAUAAAAGCAAAGGCAGACUUAGAAAUAAUGCCGAAAAUGUUUCAAAAUUUCAAUAUAGUAGUGCUGAAAGCGAUGCCGAAUCAACAAAUAAUGAAACAAAUAUGACAGAAAGCACUGCAGAGCAAUGCCGAAAGGAUAAAACUUCUGUAACAGCGACUAAAACUGAUCAGAACGAUGUAGUUAUUUCGAAAAAAGGCGACAUUCAACCACGACGUCGUUUCAGUGGUAAAUUUACCUGUGAUUAUUGUCAGAAAGUUUUUAAAAACCGUUCUCGUAUGCUAACGCAUCGUCGUUCACAUGAACUAGAUCGUCCGAAAUACGUAUGCGAAGAGUGUGGUCGUUUGUAUGCCACAAAGCAAGCUAAGGACGUACAUGUGCGUUCCUUCCAUAAUAGAACAGGACUUAAGUGUCCAAUUUGUGAUAAAGUUUUCGUAAUAAACAAGUUACUUGAAGUGCAUAUGCGCUAUCAUACCGGUGAUUUUCCAUAUGUUUGUGAUAUAUGCGGGCAGAAGUUUGCACAAAUGUGUCAUUUGAACACGCAUAAGAAUGUUAAACACAACAGUGUGCGCUUCUCCUGUUUACAUCCUGGCUGCGGUAAAUAUUUCACCUCAUCUGCUUCGCUGCGUAAUCACGAGUAUUCGCACGGCACAAUGCCAUUCGAAUGCUCAUAUUGCAAAGGUGGCUAUCCGGCUAAGGCAAAGUUAAAAGUGCACAUACGGCAAAAACAUGGCAUCGAGGUGACUCUUGAACAAAUGGAGGAAAUGCGUAAAUUUCACGUGAUGCGUUCGAAAUUGAAUUUAGUUAAGAUUUCAUAAAUAGUAUUAUUAAUAGAAACGUAAAAGUAAUAUUUAUAAAAAUUAUUAUUUAUAUUUGUAAGCAUAAAUAAAUGUUUUGACAUGAAAUAUUUCAACUUUUCUGAAAGAUUAAAAAAAUACCGAGCGAAAACUUUUAUAGUUGUACGAAAAUUAAUUGAAUAAAAUUUUUAUACCCAGAAUAGGGUAUUUUAAGUUUGCCACUGACUGUCACUCAGUAGGAAACGACGUGACCCUAUAUAAUAUAAACGAUCAACAUGACAAACUGACUCGAUUUAGUUAUGCUCGUCUGUCUUUAUUUAAUAUAUAUUGUAAUGUAUCAAAAUAUUAUUUUUGUAUAGAAAACUUUUAUUUCACAAGCUAUAAAUUUCGCGAAAAUUAUUCUUCAAGCCAGCUGUCAUACAAACUGAUUGAUCGAAAUCCAACUUUUGUAUGGAAAACUGUUUUAUAUUAUUAUAUUAGCAAUUUUUCUCUUAAACUGGUGGCACCAAUUAUAUUUUACCUAAAUAUUGUAUUAAGCUUUUCAGACAACCAUUUAAUACUUAUUCGGUUACAAAUGCUUAAUUACAUUAAGCUUAUUCAAACAAUCUACUAACUUGUUAAUGUGC